UGAUUGUCAGAACCGACAUAACCUCUACAAAAAGUUCUCCAAGAAAAAUUUGAGGAAAUGAGUUAUUUGAGUUGUUUUAAUUGAAAUGUCUUCCGCCUUGGUUCAGAAAGCUUUAGAAAUUGUAGAUCCUGAUUUUAGGAAACAAGCUAAAGUUAAAAAGUCGAAGAAUAAUACAAAAGAUGUGUUCAACUUGAUACCCGAUAAACUAAAAAUAACGAAAAAUAUUAGUAGAAAAGGACGCAAAGAAAAAACAGGAGUUUUGUCAACUUCAAAGAAACUAACAGUUUUAGAAGCGAAGAAAACUUUUAAGAGCAAGGACGAGAUUUUGAAGGAAAAUUUGAAAAAGCUUAAAGAAAUCAAAAAUGUUUGCACUAUUGAACUUGAUAAAGAAACUACAGAAAAGAUAAUUCAAAGGGCGGUCACUCGAAGGCCUGUGAAAGAAAAGAAAAAACGCAAGAAGACCCAAACAACUGUCUUCACUGAAGAAGAUUUUAAGAAAUUUGAAGAGGAAUACACAGGGUAAAAAUGGCAGUGUCAAAUAAGGUUUAUGGUAUAACAAUGCUAGGUUUGAGUGUCUUAAGUAUUUUUUAUAUGUUUUUUAUGUUAAUAAUUGUACCAAUUUUGCCCCUUAAUGAAGACAAUAUUUUAAGUUCGCUUUCACAAACACCAAUUCUGUUAGUGAGUGGAAUUUGUGGCCUGAUUUUUUGUGGUGGUUUAUCAGUUUUUACUGUUUUUGUAAUGAUGAAAGGAAAAUGGAGACUCUUGUGGACAAACAGAAAAUAAAUAAAGUACAAAUUGUAA